AUUGGCGGGAUGGGCGCUUUCGUGGACAAGUGCACAGUCUGGUGCCACACGGGGGUGACCAGCCCGUUCGAUGCGGGUGAAUCGGAGCGACAAUGGAAACGACAACACGAGCAAUAUGAGAAGAAUGCAGUGUAUAAGUUAGUGCACUUCGCCAGUAGAGGGCGCCUCAUGGAGGAGUUCCAUAGACUGAACGAGGAGGACUUUAAGGAAUUCUUGCAAAGACGGGUGAGACCAUUUUUAUACAAUGGGGGUGAAGGGAAGACCAUCUCGAAGGUGGAAUACGCAACGAUCAGACAGAAGCUGAAGGCAGAAACGGAGGCCAAGAAACUAGUCAAGAGGAUGUCGAGCAAGGAGCUGGUGCUUCGAUUCGACCGGUCCCAGUUAGCGGCCAUCAACCGCUUCCGUCCGCGGGAGGCAUGCUGGGACCUGACCCGCCGAGGCGAGGUCGGGGAGACGGUGCUCCACCUGUGCCUGUUGAAUAACACGGAGACGCAUCUUCAGAUCGCAAGGAUCUUGUUGGAGAUGUACCCGAAGAUGGCGCAUGACAUAUUUGAGGGAAAUGACUACUAUGGUGAAAGUUGUCUCCACUUCGCCAUCAUCAACAACAGCCUAGAGUGGGUCCAGCUCUUGGUGGGCCGCUACAAGACCCGCCUUGACCAGCGCGCCACGGGCCGCUUCUUCCGUCCCAACGAUCUUAAGGAAGGCACUCGAUCGGCUUUCCUCCCCUCCAACUACGAGGGGAAGGCCUACUACGGGGAGUACCCCUUGGCCUUCGCGGCUAGCGUGGGGAACGUGGAGAUCUAUGACUACCUGGUGGCUGAGGGGCUGAAGAAUGAGAAGGGACGGGGGACGGUCAACCCGGAUGCCAAGGACUCGUUCGGGAACACCGUGGUGCACAUGGUCAUCAUCCAUAACCAGAAGCACAUGAUGAGUCACGUGAUCAACCACAUCGCCCUGCCCGCCCGCCAUGACAUCUUCAAUCAUGACGGUCUCACUCCCUUGGAGUUGUCCUACCGCCUGGGCCGGGGGGAGUUAUUCGCUCAUCUGCUGGACUUGUCCAGCGAGACGCAGUGGACGCGCGGCACGGUGGCUAGCGUGGCUUAUCCACUGACUGGACUGGACUCCAUCGGACCUGGAGGAGAGUUGAAUGAGAGGUCUGCACUGCGCAUGAUCGUUCAAGGAAGCAAGCUGCAACAUCUCAAGAUGCUGGAAGGACAAAUAAUCCAGAAACUACUGGAGGAGAAAUGGAACAGAUAUGCCAAGAAAAUCCUGUUGCUUCGCUUUGCAUGGACGGUAUUCCACCUGAUGCUCAUAUCGGCUGCGGUGUUUUUCCGACCAAGUGAAGAUCUGAUGACGGUCACUGACGCAACAAGUUAUGUUCGGUUUUCGGCGGAGGUGCUGGUAUUGGUAAGCUGCGCUGUCAAGUUUUUCAUCGGCUUCUACGAACUGAGAGCGCAACAUGGAAUCAUCAUUAGAAGUUUUAUCGAACUUCCAGAGAAGUGUUUAUCCCUGGUGUCUGUAUGCCUCUUGUACGCAUGCGUACCACUACGUCUGCUCAAACAGCGUGGGGCUGAGGAUAUCCUACUCACCAUAGCUAUCGUGUUGUCAUGGUGCUAUCUGCUGCUCUUCUAUAGAGCGCACAAGAAGCUUGGUCCACUUGUCGUUAUUUUUGGUAAGAUGUGUACAGGCGACCUGCUGCGAUUCGUUAUCAUCUAUUGCAUCUUCAUCUACAUGUUCGCGGGAGUUUUCUACUACGCGUACUAUGGUGUCUCUGAGCAGGACAGUUACAUAGAUCUCAAGAGCACCAUAAUCACAAUGUUCCACAUGACCUUCUCAAAAUUCCGGACGCAAGAUCUGCCCCUAUCCCGAGCGCCGUGGCAGGUGGGCUUGGUCUUCGUCGUCUUCGCCUUGGUGUUGCCGGUCCUGCUACUCAACAUGCUCAUCGCCAAAAUGGCGCGAACCUUCGAGAAGAUCAAGGACCGUUCGCGAAUGGAGUGGAAACGACAGUGGGCAAUGAUUAUUUUGAACAUGGAGAGGACCUUAACACGAGCGAGUCUUGAGAGGUACCAGAAGGCUUACUCGACCGAGGUGCGUACGGGCCAAGCCCCGGCCGUCAAAGAGCUCCUUACGCAUCAGCCACAUCGGACCACGCUGUCAUGGACGGAGCAGGUUCGACAGAGAUCGAGGAGGCAGUUCGGCAGCUUCAGUUGGCAAAGGAGUCUCCGGGAGGACUACCUAUCUGUCGACAACGCUGAGAGGGGUGAAGCAGAGGGCGUGGUGACCCUGGCAACCCCCGAGGAAUUUGGGGAUGAAAGAGGACGGGACACGAGACUGUGUCGAGCCUUGCUGGUCACUAAGAUACUACCCAGGGGAAAGGCGAAGGUCACCAACGUCUGCGCUAGAUGGAAGGAGGCGGGACAGGCAGCACUUGGCAAGCGAGAAGCUAUCAGUUGACCAAUCAGAUAUCGGGCAUGAGGGAUGAUAGAGAACAACCAUGGCAAGUUAAUCGAUCGUCAAAACACACUGAACGUUUUGUUUAAAACGGCCAUCGGAGGACUUUAACUUGUUGUAUUGAGGAUGAAUUACAAUGGAUGUGAUAUUAAGAAAUUGGCUUUUACAAACAUUAUUUUGAUUACAGUUUUUCAUACUUCGUAAUAUGUACAACACAGCUUGUGCUGUUACAAGUAGCGGUUUAUAAUUAGCAAAUAAAAGAA